CACGGAAGGCACCACAAUUAGAGGGCAGACAAUCCAAGUCCAAGAAAAAGAUCAAACAACCAAACCAAUCACCAUUUUCAUCAGACAACCAAAACCCCAACACCGAAUUUUCCCGAGAAAAUAACUUUCCCGGAAAAUUUCAGUUUCAGUUUCGCCAUGGACAGGCUGGUGAAGCCAGACGUGAAGGAAGUGGAGCUCAACUUCAAGCGAGACCAAAAGUGCAGCGCAACCUUCCGGCUUAGCAACCUCAUGCACACCAUGUCCGUCGCCGUCUCUCUCACCACCACCAACCCAUCUCUCUUUUCCUUCACUCACCCCCUCUCCAUAAUCCCGCCGCUCUCUUCCUCCUCCUACACCCUCCUCCUCUCUCAGCCGUCCGAUCAGCCCCCGCUUUCCCUCACCGCCAACCCUCAUGACGUCAUCAACGUCGAGGCCUCCAUGCUCCCCACAGGGAAAGCCGACCAGGAGGAUCUCCGCCGCCUGUUCCGCCGGUCCGGGCCUCACGUUUUCCGGGACGCUACUAUACCCAUCUCGUUUGUGGGUCCGCACGUGGUUGAAUUUCUGAUUUCUCAGCUCACCCGGAUCUCGGAAUUCGAUUCGUUUUUUAACAAGGCGAUUUCUGGGUGCUCUGGGGCUGAGCUCACGGCGCUGCUCGGUCCCGCCAUAGCUUCCGGGAAUGCUAAUUUGGUCUCCGACCUGAUUGACGCCGGUGCGGUUGUAAAUCAGAGAGAUUCGGAUUCCGGGUCUUUGCUAUCUCUCGGUGUUCGGUCCGGAAACAUUGAUAUUGUGAAGGUUCUGAUCGCCUCCAGCUGUGAAAUUGGUAAUUCAGCAGACGAGGUCUUGCACGACGCGGCGGCGAUGAACCGGGUCGAUUUGUUUGAGAUUUUGUACAAGACUAUCGGUGGAAUUGACGUGAAUUUGGUUGACAAGGAAGGUCGAACUCCGAUUCAUAUCGCGGCCGCGCACGGCCAUGUCGAGAUGUUGAAGUUUUGUAUUUCUAUCGGAGGCAAUGCGGAGGUUACGGACUGUAGAGGUUGGAGUCCGCUUCACUGGGCGGCGGAGAAGGGGCAUUUGGGGGCCGCAAAGUGUUUGUUAAAUUGCUCCAAUGUGAAAUACGCCGUCACCAAAGACGGAAGGACGGCUUUCGAUCUCGCCGCCGCGAACGGGCACACGAGACUGCUGGGUUUCCUGCGAUACGACGACGUCCUGAACCGGGCGGCAAGGUUGGACGACGCUCACGGGAUAAAGAGUUGCCUUGCGGAGGGGGCAGAGGUGAACGGGAGGGACCAGAAUGGCUGGACCCCUUUGCACAGGGCGGCGUUCAAAGGGAGGAUCGAGUGUGUGAAGGUGUUGCUUAAUCAUGGUGCUCUGGUGGAUGCCGUGGACGAUGCCAGCUACACGCCGCUGCACUGCGCGGCGGAGGCGGGGCACGUGGAGGUGGCUCUGUUGCUGGUUGCUCAUGGAGCUCGGGCCAAUGUGAAGAGCUUGGAGGGAAUUGUUCCCACCAAUUUGGACCGUUUCAACUUCAAGAACCACCCUGCUCUUUUCAACCCUUGCGUCAUGAAAAAGAGCGAGUUUAGCCGGGAAAUAAACGCCUAUCACGGAGCUAAACCUACGUUGUAACGUCAACGUGACGGUAUUUUGUGUUGAUAACGCAGUAAUAAAUGUACGAUUGAUUUGAAAUAACGUCAAAUUGCAGAUAUAACUAGGUUUUUUUCGUGACACCGUGAUUGUCGAGUUUCUUGUUACAUUAUGUGAUCAAUGGGUAUAUAUUUGUGUUAAUUUUUUGAUGUUUGUAUAACGUGGAUGGGAAUGGUGAUGAGUUUUAAUGGUUUCUUCAA